AUGACGUCACCGUCUUUCUCCACAUCAUACUCUGACACCGGCCUGUGGGGUAUUCACCUCGUUUCGGAGAACUUGAUGAACUUGGAUGACCUUAUCCACUUUACUCUCAAGCUACUUCAGUUGAAGUCGAGAGGGCCAAGAGCCAGCACAACUUGA